AUGCAGCAUAAUACUUGCCUCUUUGUUGUUCUCAUGAUGACGAUCAUCAUGCUGACACUUCAUCCUGUUCAAGCUGUUUUAAAAAAUCCAAUUUCCAUCGCUGGAACACCCAAACACUCAUAUCAAGUCGGAGAACCAGAAUAUUGGUUUCAUCAACGUAUUGAUCAUUUCAAUGCUUUAAAUACAGACACCUUUCCACAACGUUUUUACAAAUUUGUACCACCAGGUGUUUCACCAGACAGUGCAAAUCACAUUUUAUAUAUUUGUCCCGAGGGUACAUGUGGAGGAACAGCAAACAAUUACGUGAGAAAUUAUGCACAGGAAUUGAAAGCAACGAUUUAUACUUUGGAGCAUCGUUUUUAUGGAGUGUCAGUUCCUUAUGGAUCCAUGAAGACUGAGCAUUUAGCAAAAUAUCUUAGCACAGAAGCUGCUCUUGCUGAUUUAUCAGUAUUUAUUGAAUAUAUUUCUUCCUUACCAACUAAUAAUAAUCAAACUCAUCAAUUCAUCAUUGUGGGUUGCUCCUAUCCAGGCGCAUUGAGUUCCUUCUUCUCCAUGAAAUAUCCACAUUUAAUUAAGGGAGCUCUGUCGUCGAGUGGUGUGGUGAACUCGAUUCUUGAUUUUUACACCUUUGAUUUACAUGUUCAACAUGCAGCUGGAGCAGAGUGUUCCAACAACCUCAUUCGUGUCACUUCCAUCAUGGAAAAGAUGAAUCCCAAUGAUUUACUCAAAGACUUCCAAGCUCCAGCUGAUAUGGAUAUUCGUGAUUUAUUUUUACUUUUUGCAGAUAUUGGAGCUGAAAGUAUUCAAUAUGGAUAUCAUUAUGAAUUGUGUGAUACAUUGAAAUCAGGAGACAUUAGUCGAGACGACGUGUUAUAUGGUAAUUUCAACAAGUACGCAAUGAAAUUCUUUUAUCCAGUAUUUGGAACCACUCCUUUGGAUUAUUACAACAGAGCCAUUGGCAAUGAAACCUAUGACGCAAGAAUGGGAGCCAACGCUGAUCGUUCUUGGUGGUUCCAAACAUGCUCAGAAUUGGCUUAUUUCCAAACAGCUCCUCCCAUGCCAUUACCUUCUAUUCGAAGUCGACGUUUGGAUCUUGCAUACUUUUAUGACAAGUGCAACAAAAUUUUCGGACACAAUAUCAAGCCAAACACUCAAUUUGUGAAUAAUCAAUAUGGAUCUAAAAAGUUGUUGGACACGACUUUGGGAAGAACUGUUUUUGCCAAUGGUUCGCAAGAUCCUUGGUUGAAAGCAAGCGUGGAUAUUGAUCCUCGAAAAUUCAGUUUUGUUGCUGAAUGUGACAAUUGUGGACAUUGUAAUGAUUUACGUGGUUGUCCCUCACUCCCAAGUGACUCUGGUGCAAGUGACCACUGUGUAGGCACUGGAAAUGAUCAAGUCAAAAUGAUUCGAGCACAAACAUUGGCCAUCAUGAAGAUUUGGUUUGGAAUGUAA